GGCGGGCUCGCCGGCUGCGCGCAUGCGCCUCGCCUCGCUGUUGCCGCUGUCGCCACGGUGAGGGAAGUGGAAGCGAUGGCCGGGUCCGCGUGGGUGUCCAAGGUCUCUCGGCUGCUGGGUGCAUUCCACAAUACAAAACAGGUGACAAGAGGUUUUGCUGGUGGUGUUCAGACAGUAACUUUAAUUCCUGGAGAUGGAAUUGGCCCAGAAAUUUCAGCCUCAGUUAUGAAGAUUUUUGAUGCUGCCAAAGCACCCAUUCAGUGGGAGGAGCGGAAUGUCACAGCCAUUCAAGGACCAGGAGGGAGGUGGAUGAUCCCUCCAGAAGCCAAGGAGUCCAUGGAUAAGAACAAGAUGGGCUUGAAAGGCCCACUAAAGACCCCAAUAGCAGCUGGCCAUCCAUCCAUGAAUCUAUUGCUCCGUAAGACCUUUGACCUUUACGCCAAUGUGCGGCCAUGUGUCUCAAUUGAAGGUUAUAAAACCCCUUACACGGAUGUAAAUAUUGUCACCAUCCGAGAGAACACGGAAGGAGAAUACAGUGGAAUUGAGCAUGUGAUCGUAGAUGGAGUCGUGCAGAGCAUCAAGCUCAUCACGGAAGGAGCAAGCAAGCGCAUUGCUGAGUUUGCCUUUGAGUAUGCGCGGAACAAUCACCGGAGCAAUGUCACCGCUGUGCACAAAGCCAACAUCAUGCGGAUGUCAGAUGGGCUUUUUCUGCAAAAAUGCAGAGAAGUUGCAGAAAACUGUAAAGAUAUUAAAUUUAAUGAGAUGUACCUUGACACCGUGUGUUUAAACAUGGUACAAGACCCAUCCCAGUUUGAUGUUCUUGUCAUGCCAAAUUUAUAUGGAGACAUCCUUAGUGAUCUGUGUGCAGGAUUGAUUGGAGGUCUUGGUGUGACGCCAAGUGGCAAUAUUGGAGCCAAUGGUGUUGCCAUCUUUGAAUCGGUUCAUGGAACAGCCCCGGACAUUGCAGGCAAGGACAUGGCCAACCCCACGGCCCUCCUGCUUAGUGCUGUGAUGAUGCUGCGCCACAUGGGGCUUUUCGACCAUGCGGCAAAAAUCGAGGCUGCCUGUUUUGCCACAAUUAAGGAUGGAAAGAGCUUAACAAAAGAUCUAGGAGGCAAUGCUAAGUGCUCUGACUUCACAGACGAAAUCUGUCGCCGAGUGAAAGACUUAGAUUAGCCUGUGGAUUUUCUGCAGUCAGUCACUCCAGAAGGACACCCGUACUCCUCCUUGAGAGCGCCCGCCAUUGGUUUGCUUGCUUCUUGCCAGAGUCCAUUUUCAAAUCUGGCCUUUUCUUAACCAACCCCUUGCAACGGAUGCACGUGUUGGCCCUAAACCUUCAUUCAAAGGAUUUUCCCAAGUGCUUAUUAUUAUUUAUUGUCUGUCUGGUAAACCUUUUUUUGUAAACUGUAAGCAAACUGUAUCAUUUACCAUUGUUACCCAUUUUACACUUAAGGCAAAGUAAUUUUCCUCAACUGUAAAUAUUCUGAAUCAGAAUUAAUAAGAGAAAAUAUUUAAUUUUUUAACAACAGCCCUAUUUUUUUGUUUUUUUGGUUUAUGAAAAAUGUACUGGGAAUAAAACAGGGUUUUAACUGUCGCACAAGAUAACAUUAUUCUAAGACUGAAUGGGCACAAAAGAAAUUUACUGGGAAAGAUCACAACAAAAAUUACAUGUUUCUUAGCAAUAUGGAAAUAAAGAUAUCUGUCCUGUACAUGAAUUACUAUUAAUAAAAAUGUAAGCUCCAAGAAAUACAUGCUGAAUGCUGUAAUUUUGCUGGUAGCAUGUUAGGCAACCCUUGUCAGAGCCCCAGGUGCUCUGCCUGUUACUUUGUUACCUUGAGAUCUCCAGGGUUGGACUCUCAGUUAAGGUCAUUCCUCUUCACUACACACAUAGUAAGCACCAUGAGCUGUCUGAACCCCUGAACUGACUCAGUCCAGGAGCCAGCUACUGCAGAUUCACUCCUUCAGGGCCCUAAAAGGGGCGACACUCCAGCCAGUGCUGCGGAAAGGCCUGGGUGCCUGGGCCUGACUCGGCUGUGGUUGAGGAACCCAGGAUGCCGGUUACUGCUGUUUCCUCUCCUCUUUCCCCAAAGCACUCAAUCACUGCCCUGUGCCCCAGCAGCACCCUUAACAGACUUCAUUGUAGAGAUGAAGCUGACUCAGCCCAAGCUGUGGCCAGUGUCACCAGCUUCCAAGUGUCAGGUUCCCUUUCUACAGCCUCUGCACUACAGCAUGAAGCUACCCUUUGGCCCACACUGAAGCUGUCUUCCCUUCGCCCUUGUACCAAUUUGCAAACCCAUGGCUUUGCAUAACAUACCCAGGUCACAAGGGGAUUUCUUAACACACCCCAGUCGGGUCAUUUUUUAAAGUGUUUACUCAGACUAACAGUCUUCUGUGUAUUUUACUUUCAACUGCUGCUUUCUCUGUCUUACUGCAUUGUUUGUUAGCAGUGGCUUUGAGUUCACCGUAAUAAAAAACUUAAAUACUGAC